AUGAACGACCGAAUGGUUCAUUUGAAGAUCCCUUGUAAUGCCAAUGCAUCUAUCGACGCUUACCGUGAAUACAAACUAAUUGUCGGAGAUGACGAUGGUGGCAAGACAUUUACACCAGAGCAAUAUGAAGAAUAUAAGAAAAGGGUUCUUCCUCAAAGAAUGAUGAAUAGAUUAUAUACUAGCUGGACGAAUGAGGAUGGAAUGGACUGCAAACUGAUAGGACCUGAAACACAAUGCUUCUGUGAGCACAGAUAUAGAGAUCAUAAAACGGAUUUCAAAGAAAUUCCAACCGACCGGCCAAUAAUGCUGCCAUGUAGGGCGAAGAACUGCAGAUGCGCUUCCUAUCACUACAUCCCGAGAAGAGGCGGCUCUGUAGUGAGGUGCACAUGCAAGCACCAGGCUUCUCAGCACAGUGUCCUCCACCCUUACAAAUGCAAAGCUGCGUCAUGUUCGACAUGUCAGGGCUUUAAAAGUUCCUACACAUGCCCGUGUGGACAAACGUACAUGCAACAUAAGAUGAUCGUGGAGACGAAAGAUGAACGGAUAGCCCGCGGUCACCCGGUUGGCCAGGAGGUACCUUACCAAGCCAUGGGUGGCAUUACGGGGUUCAGUUCCCUCUUGGAUGGAUAUUGUAGACUGGACCCUAGCGGGGCAGGUGUUCCAAGCUUGGAUGAACUGAACAAGCCAAUGACAUCAAGUGAACAUCCAUUCCUGAAGAAACAUAUUAGCACUCGAGGAGAUAGUGAGAUGGCAGAGUUUGAAGCAAGCAUGAAACAGCCAGGCGAAUCUGAACUUGAUUAUUAUGAAAGAAGAUACCAACAAAGACUAGCAGUGAAAAAUAUUCCUAUGGCUAGCAAGACUAAUGUCAAGUGGGGAAAUACUGCCGGAUUUAUCGGACUGACGUACCUGUUCAUGGCAUCAAUUGGCAGAGUGUCCUGA